GCGGCGUUUGCUAUGGGAUCAGGUCUUCCGGUCGUUCUAUGUGUCGACCAACUACAGGCAAACGAGUCGGCUUGCCAUCUGGAUUCAGAUAGACGUCACUCUCGCGUAGUUCAUUCCUCGUCCGGCUUGCGCGAUCGAUCAAGCCGAGCGGAUUUCGUGGUGGGCAAACGUGGUCUGCUGUCUGAUCGUUGUGUCGAAUCACUUGAGUCGAAUCAAAUCAAAUCAGGCUCAGCUCGAUCCUCAACGACCUCCCUGGCCAGCAGCUGGGUGAAACAGACAUCUUGUCCUGGUGACGAGAUUACAGGGUUUUCUUUAUGCGACAUGGGCAGUAAUAGUGGCGAGUCUAACCCCGACUCGGUGACUACGUCUCCAGUGUGCCCAGGUGUAAUGUCUGUUCUCAAUCCGUCAGUUGAUUCGGGGUUGGGAUUAAAUUCCGAUUCUACCGAGUUCUUUGAUGAACACUCCGAAUUAGAUGGACCUUGUAUCACUGCGCAAUCUUUACCUCGGGAUAAUAUUGCACGUGAAAAAUCAGUCAGUGCCUCUCCGCUUCAAGAAAAACCAUUACUACCAAAUCUAUGGGAAGAUAGCGUUCUUUCUUUAAUUGUGACCAGCACAGCUGCAAAAGACCACAACCGAGGUCGUGUUUAUUUGACUUCAAUUGCUGAAGAAAUGCAGAUCCCAGUCACAAAUCAAAUCCAGGUGGCGUUAGAUUGGUGUAGAACUCGGUUAGAUUCUUGUCCUGCAUCACCAAACGCUUCUUAA